AGGAUCUUCUUCGGGAAGAACAAAGUGAUGAUGGUGGCACUGGGACGUGAGCCGAGCAGCGAGUACAAGGAGAAUCUGCACAAGGUCAGCAAACACCUGAGAGGCGAAGUCGGUCUCCUCUUCACUAACCGCACCAAAGAAGAGGUGGAUGAGUGGUUCUCCAAAUUCAAAGAAGUGGACUUUGCCCGUGCAGGGAACAAGGCGACGUACGCGGUGAGCCUGGACACGGGGCCCCUGGAGCAGUUCCCCCACUCCAUGGAGCCCCAGUUACGGCAGCUGGGAUUGCCAACGGCGUUAAAGAAAGGAGUAGUGACGCUGCUUUCGGAUUACGAAGUCUGCAAAGAAGGGGACGUUCUCACCCCCGAACAAGCCCGAGUCCUGAAACUCUUCGGCUAUGAGAUGGCAGAGUUUAAAGUCACCAUCAAAUUCCUGUGGAAUUCGGAGACGGGAGACUUCCAGAAGCUUGUGGGAGACUCGGGGGAGGAUGAGGAAGAGGAGGAUGACGACGACGCUGACAGCAACGAGGACUAG